GAUGAUAUUCAAAAAUUAUUUUUUACUAUUUGUGUUAACUCAACAAAUAAUUUCUUUACUAAUAUUCGCUUAUCCACCCCAAUAUCCCCCCUUUUCACAAUUUUCCCCUUAUAAUUCACAACAAGUACCGUUUGCUUCAGAUAAUUUUCCAAGAUUUCCCCAAGGCUUUAGAGGGCCUUUAAAUGGAAAUAAUUAUUUUGGAGAAGCUAGUACAGGUUUUGGACAGAAUUAUCAACAUCGACAAGGGUUUCAAAAUAUUCCACAAAUGCCAAAUAAUUAUUUUGGACAGUCAGAGCAAUUAAGGAAUCAACAAGGAAUGUUUCAGCAGCCUUUCUAUCAUAACUCUUUCCAAAUGCCAACGAUUAAUAAUCCACAAUUUCCUCCACACCCAUAUUUCCGAUUUCAACAACGUCCAUUUCAUGAUCAGGCUUCUUCAACAUUUCCAGAAGGAUUUCAGACUGGAGUAGAACAAAAUAAAGGAAUUGAACAGCCAUCAAGAAACCAGCCAACACAAAAGAAUGAUCAGAAAAGUUCAACCUUUGAAGAUUUACAAGCGAAAGGAGUGAAAACAUUAAUUGAUCAAGGAAAUGGAAGUAAUGAGAGUGAUACUCUUCCAAUAUUCCUUAGAGGGGCUCAACAAGAAUUUAUAGAGGAGGUGAAUGACAAAAAAUUUUUAGAGUAUAUUUUUAUUGUUGAGAGAAAUAAGUCCAAAGUCUUCUCCUUUUCACCGAAGGGUUGGGGGGGGGGCAAUGAUUGGGAAGAUUAG